AUAUAUCAUAAACAAAAAAGAAAAAUGAAGUCUGCAUUCUCAUCCUCAAUUUUUCCAGGCAUUUUCCUUUUCCUCUCAUUAUUUUCCUGGGCCACUUCAGCUCGUACAUCACAUGACAACUUUCUUCAAUGCCUCUCCCAUAAUUUUCCAAACAAUUCAGAUCUCAUUUACACUCCUGCAAAAAAUAUUUCCUCAUAUUUCUCAGUCUUGAAUUUCUCCAUACAAAACCCUAGAUUUAAUUCUUCUUACACUCCAAAACCCCUCGUUAUUGUCACACCUUCACUUGUCUCCCAUGUCCAAGCCACCCUCAAAUGCUCAAGAAAACACGGCAUGCAGAUUAGAACCCGAAGUGGUGGCCAUGAUUACGAGGGUCUUUCUUAUGUGUCUGAAGCUCCAUUCGUUAUAAUCGAUCUCAUCAACCUUCGAUCAAUCGACGUAGACGUACAAAAUGAGACUGCAUGGGUUGGAGUUGGGGCAACAGUUGGGGAAGUUUACUAUAAAAUUGCCGAGAAAAGCGAAACUCUAGGAUUUCCUGCGGGUCUUUGCCCCACCGUAGGUGUUGGAGGACACUUGAGCGGAGGAGGGUAUGGAACAAUGUUGCGCAAGUAUGGACUCGCGGCGGAUAAUAUUAUAGAUGCGCAAUUAGUAGAUGUUGAAGGACGAUUUCUUGAUAGAGAAUCCAUGGGAGAAGAUUUGUUUUGGGCCAUUCGCGGCGGUGGAGGAGCAAGCUUUGGAGUUAUUCUCAAAUGGAAGAUCAAGCUUGUUCCUGUUCCAUCAACCGUGACGGUAUUCAACGUCAAUAGGAACUUGACGCAAAAUGCUACGCAACUUGUUCAUCGGUGGCAAUUCAUUGCCCACAAAUUUCAUGAAGAUUUAUUCGUUAGACUCAUCUUGCAAGCCAUUAAUUCUACCGAUCAAGACGGCUCGAUCAACAAAGCGAUACAAGUUGCCUUCAAUUCAUUGUUCCUUGGUGGUGUAGAUAGGCUUCUUGCCUUAAUGAAAGAGAGCUUCCCGGAGUUGGGUUUGGUGAGAGAAGACUGCACUGAAAUGAGUUGGAUUGAAUCCACUUUGUAUCUUCAGGGAUUCUCAAGUGGAGAUCCCUUGGAAGUUUUGCUUGAUAGAGUACCUCAAUCUAGGCUUCCCUUCAAAGCAAAAUCAGAUUAUGUGAAGGAGCCUAUUCCGGAACAUGUGUUGGAACGAAUAUGGAAAAUGUUGUACGAAGAAGAAGUUGGAAUGGGCAUAUUGAUCAUGAAUCCUUAUGGUGGGAGAAUGAGUGAGAUCUCGGAAUAUGAAAUUCCGUUUCCACAUAGAGCGGGAAACAUCUACAAAAUUCAAUACUUGAUCUAUUGGAAAGAAGAAGAAAGUGCCGUAGAAUCACAAAUCCAUAUAAACUGGAUAAGAAGGCUUUACAGUUACAUGGCUUCUUAUGUGUCAAAGAAUCCGAGAGCGGCAUAUCUCAACUAUAGAGACCUUGAUAUUGGGAUGAAUAACAAUAAAGGUGCGACAAGUUAUGCACAAGCAAGCAUUUGGGGCACCAAAUAUUUCAAGAAGAACUUUAAUAGGUUGGUUCAAAUCAAGACUGUGGUUGAUCCAACUAAUUUCUUCAGGAACAAACAAAGCAUUCCAUCUCUUUCAUAUUCCUCGCGGAAGAAGAAAAGUCAUUAGAGAUUUUCCUGUUGACGAGAUGAAUUAUCAUGUAUAUACUCUAGUGUUAGUCUUAAGAAUUUAACCUGCAUAUACAUAUCGACGUUAUGAACAAUAUUCUAAUUAGAUAUCGAAGUUGUACUGUCAGGUGUUUACACGUGAAUAAAAUCUAAUUAUAUUAUAG